CAAUUUUGGAUACAUUCUAGCCAAGCACUUGCACCACUUGUCUUGGGCGAGUUAGCCAGUUGUUAGCAUGUAGCUAGCUAGUCAGCUAACGUUAGCUUGCUACCUUUGCAGGUGUUUUACUAUAAAUGUAGUUGUAUGUCAACUGAAUCUCAGCUCAAAUGACAUUCUGUUGAAAUAUAUUGUUAACUAGCAAUGGCAUUCGUCGUCAUUUUGAAAUGUCGUUGUCAUCCUCAAUGUUUUAGCUAGCUAGCAGCAGAUGAGCCUUCUAAUAAUGUUAUUAAAAAGGUCAAAUGGCUCAGGCCAGCAGCAUAGCUAACUAACGUGAGGAGGCUGGCUGUACUAUUUUUUUGUGUCAUUGAUAGAUUAAGUCCUUGAAGCUUUUACAGAUUACUCUGACAUACGUAUCUCUAAAUGUUCUCUUACGUUUCCGUUGGCAGUAAAGAAAAAAACUCGUAGAACACAUUGUUUGAGACACUAGAAAUAGUUUAUUGUGAAUGAUGUAGAUUUGAAUGGUGCCUUUGAACUCAGAAUUCAUCUGCAUUAAAGUCUCAAUGCUUUUCUCUUCUAUUUUACAGCUUGCUACAGAAAUAUUAAAGGCCCAGUCAACAGCUCAUUAUCAGAUAUGACCCGCAGUAGACAAAGAACGUGAAUUAGCUAAGUAAUUAAUGUCAAUUUAAGGGCAUGUGGAAUAAUAUAUAUAUAUUUGUCACAAGGGGUUUUCUUCAGGAUGAGCAGGCCAAUGUUGGAAUUGUUAAGUGGGCUUCCUCCAAUUAACAGGGAGCCAUAACCCUCAAAAGAAAAGCUAUUUUUUUCCAAGGAAGCAGAGAGAGGGGCAUUUGGCAGGAGCCACAGGAAUAGGGCAGUGCGAUUUCAGGGAGUGGUGUGAAACGUCAGGACCAGAGUCAGUGCUAGGUCAGUCACCAUGGGUGGUGUAACGGGACCAGUUUUCCUGUGGCUACAGGAUGUGUUAGGGGUAACUCUCCUCAGAGCCCGCAGGACUCUACUGCAGGCUGCCAUCCUCUCCUGCGUUCUAGUGCUGCUGGUCUGGGUGGCUAUCUUCCUCUAUGGCAGCUUCUACUACUCCUAUAUGCCCACCGUCAGCUUUUCUACACCAGUGCACUACCACUACAGUACCGAUUGUGAUGCUUCCAAUUCAGUCCUCUGCUCUUUCCCCAUGGCUAACAUCUCGCUGCUAAAGAAUGGCAAAGACCAGGUUAUGAUUUAUGGUCAGCCAUAUCGAAUCUCUUUAGAAUUGGAAAUGCCUGAGUCGCCAGUCAACGAACAUCUUGGCAUGUUCAUGAUUAAGAUGUCUUGCUACACCAAGGACGGCCAGACAGUUGCAGCUGUGGCGCGCUCUGCUAUGCUGCACUACCGAUCUGGUCUCCUCCAGACAUUGAAUACUCUACUGUUCUCUCCUCUCCUGCUGACUGGGAUGACGGAACAGAAGCAGCUCGUUGAGGUUGAGCUCUUCUCAGACUACAAGGCCAAUUCUUAUCAACCCACUGUUGGUGCGGUCAUUGAGAUCCAGUCUCGGCGUGUGCAAAUCUAUUCAGCUCAGCUCAGGAUCCAUGCUUUCUUCACUGGUAUCAGAUACCUCCUGUACAAUUUCCCAUUGACGUCUGCAGUGAUUGGAGUGGCCAGCAACUUUGCCUUCCUCAGUGUCGUUGUGCUCUUCGGAUACCUACAGUUUAUAUGGGGGGGACUUUGGCCUCCUGAGCAGGUCAGGGUUAUGAUGGGAGAUACGACUCGCCUGCAGCGUAGAAGAGAAGAGGCUCGGAAGCGCAUGUCCUUCUCACAGACUCAAAUGCCUCAGAAAGAUAAUGAUCGUGUGGCUGAGCAGUUGGAAGAACCUAGACAACAAGCAUCAGAAAUAAAGAAAGUGGAGCUGGAAACACCGGAUGUGAUUGGUUCCCUGAACAAGCCCUCUGGUUUGCCAGAGAAUCAAACAGAGUCGUCAUCAGAUGUGCCCCUGGAGGCUCCUCAGAUUAACAAGACCGAUGCAAGUCAGGAGGAGCCUGCUGAUCCGGAGGAUAGAGGUGCAGGAGCAGUCCUGUUGGAGGGACCCCAGGUACCUCAGCCAGGGGAAUCUACGCUGCGUCAGAGACAGGGACCCUGGAUGAGUCUCUGAACCAUGGAUCAUCGCUCAGACAUUCAAACGCUCACAGGUCCCUCAAUGUGCCUUUCACCGACAGGCAAAGAGAGAGAGAUUGAUGUAUGAAUUGAAGCAGAUAGAUUGACAGACUGACUCCCACAAACACCCUGCACAGAUAUUCCCUAUAGCCUAUCACUUUACUUAGCAUGUACCGUAAUUUAAUAAUAAUCAUAUAAUAUAAUAAUAUAUGCCAUUUAGUAGAGGCUUUUAUCUAAAAAUGACUUUGGACUGUGGCAUAAUAGCUAUGCUCUUUGAUUUUUCAAAGAUCAACCAGUGUCAAGGUUAUAAGCCUUCUUUAGUUAGGCAAAUAUUUGUAGGAUUAAGCUCAAUCCUGACUCUUGCAUGUCCUUCAGAGCAAUGAAAAUAAUCACUCCGGUCUUUAAGCACUUAUUUAAUUCCCUAGCCUGCAUCAUUGUAGCAGAGACAGUUGUUCAGCCUUUUUGUUUUACGAAUGAGUCUUUAAGGAAUGUGAUUGAGCAGGUACACAAGCAUAGUUGAGAAUGCCUUUUGUGCCUGUGAUUGAAGCCUACGGUUACCAUAAGAAUCAGAGUGCCCUGAGCUGCUGAAUGAUGACCCUGCAGAUUACACUGUUACACAUUUAAAGUUUCUCCAGAGUUAUUCAUCUUAAAUGCAAGGAACAUGCAUUAUGUUUACGCCUCUGUAGAAGGUUAUUGUAUGAUUUUCCUUGAGGAAAUAUGCCUUUUAGAGCUAUUACAGGGACCACCACAUGUUGAAUUUAAUUUAAUUGGGCCGAAACAUAUACAGCAAGGUGUACAUUCUAUUCCCAAAGGAUAGCACUUAAAAGUAUUUAUUAAAGCACUUGUUUCCAAAGUGGUCCUUAAUGUUACUUUGUUUUUAAAUUAAUAUGUAUUUUUUUCUGUUUUAGAUAACUAAAUGUUUCAAGGAGCAAUGAAGGAUAUGUUAAGUUGCAAUUGGAAGUUUUGUUGAAAUGUACUCAUAUGAAAAAAGUGUUGUAGAAAAUAAAUAAGAUAUGGUCUGUGA